AUGUUGCUUGCCGUGGCGCCAUCUGUGGGUCGUCUCCGGAACUCGGUCGCCGGGUCUUUCCCCCACCCCCACCCUCCCCGCACCGGUUGCCAUGGCAACGGGAGACCCAAACACAAACACUGCGUCGUCUGCUCCGCAUCCGCAUGCCUAGAGGCCUCUACGCAUACCGUGCAGUUUGUGGGUGACAGUUGUGUUUGCGACUGUCAAGCUUUGCCUCAUUUACAACGGGUAAAAGUGAUUGACAACUGUCGAACUCAGAACUUUUGAGUCAUGGAAAACGGAAUUUCCGACCGUCCAAUGACGAGAAUGAGAAGGGAUGAUAAUGCCACAGCACAGGCAGCAUCCUUGGGGUUGAGACCUUACACUCAGCAGUCUAGGCCUCCGACAUCGGCAGGAAGGAUGAACAGGCCUCCUUCAGCAAGGCCGCCUUCUGCCGGAGCCAGUGCCAUUCCCCCAGGCACGGCCAGCAGACUGGCAUCUGCAAUGCAGUAUCAGCCUCCGCCAACCAGAGCCGGAUCCUCAAUGGGACGGCCACCUUCUACUGCUAUGAGCAUGAUGGACAGACCAGUCACCCAGCAAGGACUGUCAGGACUUCGUUCUGCUGCUCCGCGAGGGCCCAUGCCUCGUCAAGUACAAGACAAACGUUACUUUCAAGGCCUACUUCAAUUGAAAUCGAGAGAAAUAGGAGCUGAAGUUCAGAGGCUAAAUAAUGAAUUGGAGGCCUUAGGCAGAGAACAGUCAACAUUUUUAACAUAUGACCGUCGUGCAAAGGAAAUGGCACAAGAAUUGACAGAACUACAAGGGAAAUUAGGAGAUCUGAACCUUGUUGUCGAUAAACUAAGUACAGACACAUCAAAGGAGGAUGUACAAGCCGAAACUAAAGAGUUACGAGGUAUGAAUGAGCGAAGGAAAGCUACAAUAGAGCAAGCUUUUGAAGAAAGGAGACAGCGUGAAGCGCAAAUUUCCCAGCUUGAGAAGGAAAUACAGCAGGAAAGGCAAAUGGCUGAUGGACUCAUUGAGGCAAUGGAUCCUUCAUUGCGUCACAGGUAUUCUCAAAUGAAGGAGCAGAACCAACAGCUCCAAGUCACCAUGGAUCAACUGCAAGCUAAACUAGAUGGCUUGACAUCCCGUAAAGCAGCUUUAGAAGACCAGCUAUCCAUGUCUCGAGUGAAGCAGGAGGCUGUGCACCUGCAUGCUCGCCUUGCAGAGGCAGAGAGUAGACGCAAUCAACUGCUUGCUGAGGAACAGACAAGGGCCUCUCCAGCACAAGAAAGAGAAACUUUAUUGCAGCAUGUGAAAGAGGACAAUGCAGAAACAGCAAGUAUGGAGAGACAACUAGCAGAACUAAGAGAAACCGCAAGGCGCCGGCAAGAAGAAAUAGAUUCCCUGGAUCAGGAUCUUGAAGAGAGCCAAAGCGAGAGGCACCAGAAAUACAGAGAACUGCGGAAGCGAGAGGAAACAAUUGAAAGCUUCCUGGCAACUUUUGAAGAAAAUCGAGCACAGGAGACAGAUAGAAUAGAGCAGUUGGAGAAAGAAGUGGUACAAAAAUUACAGAGCCUGUCAAAGGCUGUAACUCGAGUAGCCCAUGGUCUGCCAGACAAAGACACUUUAAGUGCCAUUCAAGAAUCAUUAUCUAUCAAUGAAACAGAGCUUGAUAGGUCUAAGCAAACAAUUGAAUCCCUAGCGACACAGCAAGCUCAACUUCAAGUGAAUCUUGAUAAGGUGGAAGAAUUAGAAACGAAAGCUCGUCAAGAAAUGGAGACUCUGAGAGAGACAAUGAAGACAAUGCAAGCUGAACUUCCAAAGCUAAAAGACUUAGGAUCACUGCGCACUGCAUGUGAUGCAAAGCGUGAGGAACUCCUAAAAAAGAAGGAAAAGCUCCAAAAAAAUUAUGAAGCUGCAAAAGGAGAACUGAAAAGAGCACAAGAACGGAACGCAGAUCUCAAAAAACAACUGUUAGAAAAUGAAACAUAUGCUCAACUAAGCAACUUAGAAAGGAAAUUGUCACUUUUAGAACAAAAUAACUUUGCAAUGAGAGAGUUUGUUGCAUCCAAAAAAAGUGAGACUGACUGCGGCCCUAUCAAAGCAGAUGCAAGUAAAACAAUCCAAGCAUACAACAAUGUUUUGAAGGAAGCUCUACGGCCAAGACAGAAUAUGGUCUUUUAGGCCAAUGCCCCCUAUGAAAUGCAGUAUGAAA